AUGGCUUCUCCGUCCCCUCAAGGGCGCAGCUUCACCGUUCGCGGUGUGGCUGCCGGCCUUGCUGUUGGUACCAUCAUAUGCGCCGCCAACAUGUACUUUGGCCUGCAGACAGGCUGGGUCUCCAUCAUGUCGAUGCCGUCAAGUCUCAUGGGAUUUGCCGUCUUCAAGCUGCUCAAGCCUCACUUGCGCUUCCCGUUCAGUCCGGUGGAAAAUGUCCUGGUUCAGAGCGUUGCCGGCGGCAUGGCCAUCAUGCCUCUUGGGUGUGGCUUUGUCGGAGUUAUCCCCGCGAUGAACUACUUGCUGGAGCCUAAUGAGCAAGGACCCUUAUCACUGAGCACUUGGCAGCUCAUCAUAUGGUCCCUGGGUCUUUGCUAUUUUGGUGUCGUCUUUGCCGUUCCCUUGCGCCAUCAAGUCAUCAUUAGAGAACGACUUAGAUUCCCCAGCGGUUUCAGCACUGCAGUGCUCAUCCGCGUUCUCCACAGCGGAUUCGCCAGUCUUGCAGCCAAAGAUGAUGAACCAGCACUGGUAGAAGAUGUCGGCGCCUCCGUUGAAGAAGAAGAGGGAGAACCAGAAGUCUCAAAGGACUUGGACUGGGCGUACAAUAUGAGGCUUUUGCUCCUCAGCUUCCUUGUCUCCGGUAUCUUCACCAUUUGCAACUAUUUCUUGCCUAUUCUGCGGGACCUCCCGGUAUUCGGCACUGUCGCCGCCUCUACUUGGCUUUGGACUUUGAACCCAAGUCUCGCGUAUGUGGGACAAGGCAUCAUCAUGGGGACUGAGACAACGCUCCACAUGACGCUCGGCGCAAUUAUUGGCUGGGGCGUUCUUAGCCCGCUGGCCAAGAUGAAGGGCUGGGCUCCUGGGCCGGUGGAUGAUUGGGAAAACGGUAGCAAAGGCUGGAUUGUCUGGGUGUCCUUGGCUAUCAUGCUUGUUGACGCCGUCGUCACUCUGGCGGUAUUACAGCGCCGUUUCCGCCACAGCAGGAUUGCCUCCUUGUUUAGGACCUCUCAUCAAUAUUCUCCAAUUCCCAGUGAAGCGCGGGAAGAAGAAGAACAGGAACAAGAUGACGAUGACGAUGACCAGGUGUCUCCUGCCCAGGAAGAGGAUCGUGGACUAGACGAUGCCCCGACUAACCAACAGAUUCACAGCAAAGUUGUUUUCUGGGGGCUUCUCGCAUCUAUACUGAUCUGUGUUCUGUCCACACAAAUCGUGUUUGGCCAUCUGGUGCCCCUCUACGCGAUUGUUAUUGCUGUGCUCAUGGCCCUGGUUUUGAGUAUCAUGGGCGUCAGGGCCCUUGGAGAGACUGAUCUCAAUCCAGUGUCUGGCAUCAGCAAGCUUGCACAGUUGUUUUUUGCUCUGAUCAUCCCGCAGUCUAACAAAUCGAGCGUUCUUAUCAACCUAGUCGCUGGUGCCAUCGGGGCAUUGCAAGCGGGUGACCUGAUGCAAGAUUUGAAGACUGGCCAUCUUCUUGGAGCUGCUCCCAAAGCACAAUUCUGGGGCCAGCUCAUAGGCGCUACGUUUGGUGCUGUGUUCUCUGCUUUUGCAUAUCGCAUUUACACAGCAGUGUACGAGAUCCCCGGCAAACUUUUCCAGGUUCCAACAGCCUACGUCUGGAUAUUCACGGCCAGGCUUGUUACAGGGCAAGGCUUGCCAUAUAUGGCCAAGGAAUGGGCAACCGGCGCUGGAGUUCUCUUCGCCGUGACCACUCUUGCGCGGACUCUGUCUGUUGGGAGACCGUGGCGCUCUUGGAUACCGGGCGGCAUUGCCGUAGCAGUCGGCAUGUACAAUGUGCCAUCGUUUACAUUGGCCCGAGCCAUUGGAGGUAUUGUUAGCUGGUAUUGGCUCAGCGUACGAAAGCAGUCAACCACGCCAUUAAUCAUCAUUGCAUCGGGCUUCAUCCUUGGAGAAGGGUUUCUGAGCAUUGUUAAUCUAUGGCUUCAAGCGUUGAAAGUACCUCACUAUUAG